UCCUUCUUCUAGCCUUUUUCCAAAGUACGGGCGAGCGGCUGUAGAGAGAAAGUGUGUAGUACUUACUAAUUUACUCAAAAUCUGUUGCCAGUUGAGAAGAGAGGUGGGGGGAGUUGGAGAGCGCCAUUAACAGAUGAUAGUUAUUGGGUGGGCUUGAUCUGUUUGACUCUUCUAGAUCCUUCUUCCUUUAAAUACCCACCAUUUCAACUUCGUUCUGGAUAAACCUCAAUUCUUCCAGAUCUCCAAUGGCGGGUUUUUCAUCAGCUCUCCGACGAGUAUACCUCACCAUCUACAAUUGGGUUGUCUUUGUGGGAUGGUUUCAGGUUCUUUAUCUUACUCUCAAAACUCUAAAGGAGUCCGGUCAUGAACAUGUCUACCAAGCCAUCGAAAAACCUCUUCUUCUCGCUCAAUCUGCCGCUUUUCUUGAGAUUAUUCAUGGCUUAAUAGGCAUAGUCAGAUCUCCAAUUACAGCUACACUUCCCCAAAUAGGAUCAAGAUUAUACGUUUUGUGGGGAAUAUUGUAUAGCUUUCCUGAGACUCGGACUCAUAUAAUUGUUAGCUCUCUGGUUAUAAGCUGGUCUCUGACAGAGAUUAUUCGAUAUUCAUUCUUUGGAUUGAAGGAGGCUCUUGGUUCUGCACCUUCUUGGCACUUGUGGUUGAGAUAUAGCACCUUUUUGUUGCUUUAUCCAACCGGAAUUUCAAGUGAAAUUGGUAUGAUCUACAUUGCACUUCCAUAUAUGAAGGAAUCAGGGAAAUACAAUGUUUUAUUGCCAAACAAAUGGAACUUCUCUUUCGAUUACUUCUAUGCUGCGAUUCUAGUCCUACUAAUCUAUGUCCCAGGAAGCCCUCACAUGUACACUUACAUGCUUAGUCAAAGGAAGAAGGCUCUCUCGAAAUCAAAGAGGGAGUAAAGAUGAUCUUAGCCUAAUGAAUGAAUUCCCUUUUCCUUUUCUGAUAUCAGUUGUUUUCAAAUUUGUUCUUUUGUUUGUUUGUUUUUAAUUUAUUUUAUUAUUGAGUUUUGAUUGUCCAUGGGUUGGUUGGUUGAUCGGUUGGCUGUCUGUACAAUAGACAGUGAUUAAUGAGGAUGGUUGAAAGUGGGUAUAUGUCCAAUUCAGAACUCUUUUCACAUAAAUGAUUUUGUGCUAUUAAAUGUUUGAAUUCUUGGA